AUGGAAUUUAAGUCACUAAGUGCACGUCCACUAAAAAUAUUUUCGUUACCAGAAGAUAUCCUUUCGUCGUUUUGUAAGCCAGAAACAAUUUUGAAAGAAAAAAGUAGUGUCAAUGAUAUAGAAACAGAAGUAAAUAAUGAGCCUUUUAAACCAACCUGUUUGGCAUGUGGUAUUUUGUCCUUCGAUACUUUAGAGCAGCAAAGAACUCAUUAUAAAUUAGAUUGGCAUCGCUUUAAUGUCAAACGUCGUGCUAAGUGUCUCGACGCCGGUAAAACUCAGUAUACUCCAAUCUCUGAACAAAAAUUUGAAGAACUCAUGGAAGGUCCAUCAAGUAGUUCUUGUUCAGAGAGUGAAUGCACUGAUACAUCCUUACAAGACGAUGUUUCUAAUCUAGUAGACGAACUUCAAAGUGUUGAUCUUGAGGAAAAUUCAGAGAAAGAAGCUUUACCUGAUAAAGGUAUUCUGAGAUCAUCCAAGCCAAUAGUAUGGUUUACUUGUCCAAAUGUACUUCCUGAUGAUGUUUGUCUUGGUGUGUACAAGCAUAUCCUUAAUGGUAGAGGAAAUGAUCCGAGUACCGUCAUGGAAGAUAUCAAAAGAUUACAAGUUAAAUCUGGUAACAAUAAACCAAGGUAUUGGACUAUGUUGAUGAUCAGUGGUGGCCAUUUUGCGGGGCUUAUUUUAGAUAUGACUCAAAAUGUAAAUGUGAAGAACAUGGAAGAAGUUAAAGAGCAUGUUUGUAAAACUUUUCAUCGAUAUACAACGCGUCGAAAGCAAGGUGGGAGUCAGGCGAAUAAUGAUAAUUCUAAAGGAAAAGCCAGGUCAGCUGGUGCAGAGAUAAGGAGAUAUAAUGAAGCUGCGUUAGAAAGGGAUGUUCGUAUACUGCUCAAUCAGUGGAGUCCGUUGAUCGAUCAGAGUGAACUUGUAUUUGUACAUGCUCCAGGAGCAGCGAACAAAAAGAUUAUCUUUCAUUAUGAUGGUGCUGUUCUGCGAAAGGGUAUUUUUCAAACUUAUUAUUUACAACGUAUUUUGUCCGAAUAUUUAUAG